GCAAUAAAUUGUUGGUGUAUUUUCCAAUACACACUCCAAUUUUUAUCAAAAUCUAAAUUUUGACGCGCCAUCGAUUGGUUUUUUUGGCGUGGAAUGUCCCAAUACCCAAACAUCGUCUAGAGGAAUGGAGAGGGAUACCUCCAAAAAUGUGGCUUUUGGACUCGUCACGCUCGUGCUGGCGUCAUUUUGAUGAAGAUGUCACCAGUAAAUUUAUUUUAGGCAAAUUUUAUCCACAACAACUAUGGCGACUGAGAGAUGGAGCUACACCAAAGCAUCUGUUAGGCCCUAAAAGACAACAGAACAAUAGGCGCCCAGCAUUGGAAGAUUUGACUCAAAAUGGUCCUGAAGUGAAGAAGAAGAAACAGCAGUCGAGAUGCAAAACAAUUACAUCAAUUUUAGGGACACCUAUUUCCAGCCUUGUUCAAAAUCAGUUAACUACUCUUCCCCACACAGAUUGUACGAAUAGUUCGCAACCUAUAACUGAAUCGCUUUGCACAAAGGCUCUCUCAGAUUCUGGUUGCAGCCAAGUGACGACCUUUGACGUCUCGCUGAUGGAUUCUGCUCCUGUGUCUAUCACUACUGCUCUCCCUGGUAUUUUAACACACUUUACAGUGAUUCGAUCUGUUGUUAAAAUUCAUUUCUUUAAAUUAUAUCCUGGGUCCAGCCAAGUGACGACCUUUGACGACUCCCUUUUGGAUUCUGCUCUUGUGCCUUUCACUACUGCUUUCCCUGGUAUUUUAACACACUAUACAGUAAUUCGAUCUGGAUUCCUUCCAAGAUUGCAUCGCCAAAGUGUCGCUUAUCAAUGUGUUACCCCCUAUUUUGUGAUAAUCACCGUGAUAAUAAUAUAGGAAUGCUGAUAUUAGAAUAUGUAAAAGUCAGGUACUUUUUCGAAUCAAAGCGACUGAACAAACUCUCGUUAUCCAAAGAAAAGGCUAGUGUUCAAGCUAGUUUCAAACUCGGAACUACAGCGCAUACUAAGGAU